UCCCGCCCGGGCGCAGGCGCCAGCGUGAGGCCGCGGCGGAGGGCGGCUCGCCGGAGCCGGCGGUUCAAUGCGCUGCCAGGUGUCGGUGCUGUACUUCGCCAGGAGCGCAGAGCUGGCCGGGCUGCGCAGCGAGACUCUCACGGUGCCGCGGCAGAUCACUGCUCUGCAGCUCUGGGAAGAGAUCGUCAAGGUUCACCCAAGACUUGCUGUCAUUCAAGAUCAAGUGGUUUUUGCUGUGCGGCAGGAGUACGUGCUUCUUGGAGAUCAGGUCUUGGUCCUGCAGCCUGGGGAUGAAGUUGCCGUUAUCCCACCAAUUAGUGGAGGCUGAAUCUGCCCAGGUUCUGUUAGGUCCAGAGAUGUGAUUGCAGUUCCCUCCCUCCACCCCAGUACUCUUUUGAGAAAGCAUAACUUGCAUUUCCUGCUGGAGACAACU